AUGCACUUUUUUCGCACACUGUCUUAUUCCUUAAUCGCUAUUCUCAGUCUCUCGCCUUGGGUGAAUGCAAUGGAUUGGAAUGCAAGCUUGGUUAUCCCUCGUUCGAUCCCAAAGAAUACAUUUGUGAUUCAAACUCUAAUCGAUCGCAACACAGUUGACUAUUCUUCAGACUACGACGAUGGUGGCGAUUCAUCAGGUCAAUGUAAGAAUCACCUUCACCACGAUGGCUCAAACAACCACUUUUUGCUAGCAGGUCCUUGCUUAGCAACUGUCGAUGCCAAUACUGAACAUUUCAUCAUUGCUCGUUGCCGUCCUCAAGGAAGUCCAGGUAUCGGUACCGAUGAUAAUAUUCACAUUCACUUAUAUUUGGAUAAAUCAAGCGGUAAAGCGAUUGCUGAUGUGAGCAUUACUACGAUACGUCCUAGUGAAAUACCUAAAGCAUGGUAUGGUUUCAGUAAUGAAUCAAAAGGAAGUCCAUUACACAACAAAGGCGAAACGUUCAACGAUCCUGGUUCAACUAUUCUUAUCAAUUGCGUUAACGAUUCGCGCGGUUAA